GGUGAGCGGCUUCAAGGUUGCCAGUGACCUCCGAGCACCCAUGCCUGAGGCCUCGCUUCCAGAGUCCGCAGGGCUCCAGGGGCCCAUGCAUGCCGCGGGGCUGGGGCAGGGGGCCGCACGAGGCAACCCGACCGAGAGCCGAGGGUCUCCGGAGGACCUGCAGGCGCACCCGGGGCUGCGCGGUGCUAAGGAGUGGCGGAGAGGUGGCCUGCUGGCGGAGCCCCGGCGCUCGGUCGGGCUCCCGGGGGCCCCGAGGAGGGAGAAGCAUCUCGCGUUCGAGGGGGGCCGCCAGUGGGAGCUGACGGUGCCGCUGGAGCGCGCCAGGUCCCGAGCACAGUUCCCCGCCCAUACAUGCGACUCUCCAGCACAAGUGCGGAAGAGCAGCGGUGCUGCGCCGGCGGUGCAGCGGCUGGCCUCGGAGUUUGGCGCCGCCAGGCAUGGGCCCGCGGUGCCCGAAGGGGUCAGGCGGCGCUCCAGCGAGACGCUGCUGAGGGGCAAGGACGAGGCAGGGCGUGUCGCCGAGCGCUCCCGAUGGGCCACGCUGGCGAGAGAUGGCCUCCACUGGCUGCGCCCAGAG